ACAAAUUUCAGUAAAUGAACAUCACUCGCAAACACUGGGUCCCAUGACUCAGUUUUCUCUACACUAAAUCGUAUGCAGCGUAUUUUUUAACAAUGGAGAUUAAUGGGACCUUCAACUUCAGCCUGGACGAGGCAUACAAAAUUCUGGUGGAACAUAGAGGGAGAAACACAAACGUUGACAAGGUUACCGAGCAUGUGUUGAUAGUCGUCUACUCUCUCCUUAUAAUGCUGGGCUUGUUCGCUAACCUGGUGGUGAGCUUCGUGGUUGCCCGGAGACCUCAAAUGCACACAGCUCGUAAUCUGUUCAUCGUGAACCUCACCCUCUCAGACAUGACCUUGUGUGUGAUUUGUAUGCCUUUCACUCUUCUCAAGAUCAUCCGCCGCGAGUGGUCCAUGGGUGAACUCUUGUGCAAGCUAGUUCCCGUCUUGCAAGGGACCAACAUCCUGGUGUCCGUUGGCACGAUUACAGUAAUAGCUCUGGACCGUUACUUCACUAUAGUACACGCCUACGAUCUACACGCCCAUGAUGGCACCAGCCGUACAAGAGUGGUAUGUUCCAUAGUGUGUGUCUGGCUGUUGUCCCUCAUAGCGACUCUACCAAUAUUUUUCUACCAGGUUGUAGAGCCUUUCAAGUUUCAAGAACUUGUUCUCUACGAGAUUUGUAUAGAGAGCUGGCCUUCUCAGCACUUGAAGGUGAUGUACUCUGCUGCCAUCUUGCUGGUCCAAGCAGUGAUCCCCGCGCUGGUUGUGGGAGGCGUGCACGCUAGUAUCUCGUCACACCUGCACGCGCACGCUAAAACACAACGGGACUCUCGGAGAGCCCAGCGAGAGUUAGCCAGGAACAAGCGCACUACUAUGCUCCUCUCUGUGGUGGCUAUACUGUUUGCAAUCAGCUGGCUUCCUCUGGGCAUUUUCUCGCUCGUCUCUGAGGUAGUGGCUCCACCUGACAGCUCCCAGUCACUGUACUUGACCUUGGCAGUGUGUCACGUGAUCGCCAUGUCCUCCGCGGUCUCCAACCCCGUCAUGUACGGCUGGAUGAACUCCAACAUCCGCCAGGAACUGAUGCAGCUACUACCCUUCAAGCGGCGGCGCCCUGUGGUGGAAGAGGCUACGACUCGCACCGCCCUCCACACAAACUGCCGCAAGGAGAGCGUUACUCUGCUUGUCCACAACGGAGAUAAACAGCCUCCUCCCUCCAACACUGUCCUUACUGAGGUUUAGGCUUUAUACUGAACUGAAGCUACUGUCUCUCAAGUGGAGCGUCCUGUGGUGGAAGAGGCUACGACUCGCAACGACCUACACAAGCAUUAUCGCUAGGAGAAUGUCGCACAACGGAGGUAGACUACCUGCUCUCUCCAACACUGUCGUUACUGAGUUUUAGGAUUUUUACUCAAUGGCAGUUACAGUCUAUUAAGCGGGUGGCGGUCCGUUGUGGAAGAGGCUACGACUCGCACCGCCCUCCACACAAACUGCCGCCAGGCGAGCGUCAUUCCACAACGGCUAUGGACUGCCUGCCCCUUCCAACACUUUUCUUACUGAUAUAUAGGGUUUCUAUUGAAUGACAGCUUGACUGUUACUUAACGUGAUCCACGCUCACCCUAUACGCCAAGAUCAUGAUUAAGGAUAUAGCCUGAGUAUUGACAACAUUGAGAGAUACAUACCUUACUCCUAUAGUGUCAUGAGUUGUAACCAUGGCCAACUAAGAACAAAACCGUCACAUACACUAUCCCCUCUCAAUGUUUACUGGCAGAACUACAUCAUACAACACGACAUGUUAAGUCUUGUUUUUAUUGAGCUUUUAAAUCUAAGUUGUUAGUCGUUUGCUCUCAGAACUUGUUAUGUGUUGCGAUUCACAAGGUACCUUAAUCUCAACUAUUGAAGAGAUAGGAUCAAUCUGCCUAUUAAUACUAUUACAAACAUUAUACAUCCACUAGCAUUAUUAUACCUUAUCUUAUACCCUUGUUUAGCAAAAUUUUCAUAAUAUAUAUUAUACCAUUAUACAAUAUAUUCAAUUGAAAACAAAGAAUGCAAAGUUAGUUGCAUGAGUGCAUAGUAAGAUUAUCAAAAUAUAUACAACUAAAUCUUUUUAUUAUUUAAUUCAUAUCAGAAAUUAACAAAUUUACGUCUCUAUAGUCUUAGUGGAAGAUCCCUGAAAAAUUACACGGAACAAAAUUAAAAGUUUAAAAAUUACAUUUUAAUUACUAUCCAAUGAAAUCUGCUUCUUGUAUAUUUUCAUAUGAAGAAAUCUUCUUAAUUGUUAAUUUUAAGAGUUUACUGAUGUGUGUGUGUGUGUGUGUGUGUGUGUGUGUGUGUGUUUUAAUUAACACCUGUAAGAAGUUUCAAGUAAAAUACCUUGACAUAAAAGGUUGUACUUUGCGAUGUCAAAAUUAUUUUGUAUUCAUUUGUUGUCAUCACGUUUCCAAUUUUUUUUAUAUAUUUAUACUCUUAUAAAAUUUUUAUUUUUAAAAUACGCAUAAAAAGCCAAAUGAAAUGUCUUUAAAUAAUAAUCUAACAUAAUGUUUUAUUGAUUAUAAAUGGUUUUGAGUAGAAGAAACUUGAAGGUAUGUUUAACGAUAUGCUCAUAGUCAAAAUAUUACCGUGACUAUACUUUAAAGAAAGGACAGAUAUAUAAUGCAGUUGUAAAAAUUGGUUCGAUGGAGUGAUUCAUUACCCAAUAGCAGUAACAAGCUUUGAUUGUUAUUAUAUAUUCAUGGAACUAUUUCUGGAGACCGUAUA